AUGAGGGAAAUCGAACAAGCGAAAGGAGGCCUCGUCAGGGAAUCAUAUGAAUGGAUACUCCACCAUCCAAGUUUCCGACAGCUUCAGACCGAGAACCAAAAGCGACUGCUGUGGAUCAGAGGCGAGCCUGGACAUGGGAAAACGAUGCUGCUGAUAGGCAUGAUCAAGGAGCUGGAGAGCUCAUCACCCCAGGCUGCGCUUGUCUACUUCUUCUGUCAAGGCCCAAACGCGCAUAUGAAUAGUGCCACGGCUGUUUUGAGAGGCCUCAUCUACCGUCUCAUCAUGGAAAAAUCUUCCCUAAUAACCCAUCUGCGCGAGAGAUAUGAUCGUCACAAAGGAAUCUUUCAAGAUGGGAGCUCUUUCAUCGCUCUGUCAGAUAUAGCUGCACGCAUGUUGCGGGACCCUGGGCUCGGACGCGCAUUCAUCGUGAUUGAUGCCCUUGAUGAGUGCGAAACGAGUCAAGAUCAGCUACUCAACUUCAUCGCUGAGAACAUCUCUGUCUCACCCUCUAUAAAGUGGAUUGUGUCGAGCCGCAACGUGCUAAGCAUCAUUGACCAACUCGGUCAAACGAGCUCCGAGCUUCAAAUACACUUGGAUCUGGCAGAUAAUCCAGACGAACUGAUCCAAGCAGUCAAUGCUUACAUCGAUUCCAGGAUAGAGAAACUCCAAGUCUUGAGGAGUAGCCACCAGCUUAAAGCGCAAGUACGGGAUGUCAUGCGUGAGAAGGCGGCGAAUACAUUCCUUUGGGUAGCUCUCGUCGCCAAAGAGCUCGAGAAAGUCCGGAAAUGGAAUGUUCUCAAAGUUCUCGACAACAUUCCAUCUGGAUUGGAAGGCCUGUACGAUAGAAUGAUGAGACAUAUUGGAGAUCUGGAUAUGGAUGAUCCGGUCCUCUGUUACCGGGUUCUUGCAGCGGCUACUCUAGCAUAUCGUCCACUUCUCUUGGCGGAAAUGGGAGUCUUGGCUGGGUUGCCCGAUGAAAUAUCAAGCGACCCAGAUAACAUCAAGGAAAUUGUGACCAUGUGUGGAUCAUUCUUCAGGGUUCAGGACGACUCUAUUCAAUUCAUUCACCAAUCAGCACUGGACCAUUUGAAAAAUAACGCAAGCGAGGUUCUUUUUGCUCCAGACUAUGGGAUCACUCACUUUAAAAUGUUUUCGAGCUCGAUCAAGACGCUUUCAAAAGAGUUAAAGCGGAACAUUUACAACCUUGAAACUCCUGGAACGCUAAUAGAAGAGAUCAAAGUGCCAGAGCCUGAUCCACUGGGGGCAGUACGGUACUCGUGUGUCUAUUGGGUCAGCCAUCUUUCGGACUGGAACGAGAGCGGCAUGAGUCUUGAAGAUACCCUGCAAGAUGAUGGCCAAGUACAUGGAUUUCUCAAAGAUCAUCUUCUUCAUUGGCUCGAAGCCUCGUCGCUGAUUGGAGCUAUUGGGGACACGAUACAUGCGGUGAUCAAACUGCAAACACUGUUAGAGGAAGCUAUUGGGAAGUCUGCUCUGAUGGACUUGGCUGAUGACGUUCAUCGAUUUGUGCUCAAGAAUGGUUUUAUGAUCCAGAUGGCUCCGCUCCAAGCAUAUGUAUCUGCUCUUUUGUUCACCCCCAGUGAAACACCAAUUCGAAGAUUGUUCGCAAAGCAGGAACCAAGGUGGAUACCGAAGAAACCGAUAGUCAACGAGAAAUGGGGAUCGGCCAUCCACAGUCUCGAGGUUAACGGCGAGCCAUGUUCGCUUGCAUUCUCUCAUGACUCGAAGAUAUUGGCUUCGAAUUCUUACCGCGGUGUCCAGCUCUGGGAUGUUUCAACAGGGCUGCUCAGAGCUGAACUCAAGACCAACAUAUCCAAAAUGUCUUCAGCGAUUCACCCAAUAGUGUUCUCGCAUGACUCGAGGCUAUUGGCAUCGGCGCACCCCCACGGGCAUGUAUUCAUUUGGGAGGUCACAACGGGAAUUCGCAAUCAUAUGAUUGAAUGCGUCGCCCAGAUCGAGCUUCUAGUGUUCUCACGCGACUCGAGCCUUUUUGCAGUCUGUUAUGAUUCAUAUAGCGAGAUUUGGGAAACAAAUACUUGGUCAUUGAAAAAAGAAAUCCCUCAUCGGAGCAGGAAUAAAAUGACCGGAUCCUUUGUAUGUUUCUCUCCUAAUAUGAAGAUGUUUGUUCCCCCGCCAGAAAAUACGGAAAUCGAGAUCUGGGACACCGAUACAUGCUCCGUUCACCAAAAAUUUCACGUUUCGGAUGAAAUUUCCAAAAUUGUCUUUUCGCCUGAUGGGAAACUCUUAGCAUCAGGGUCGGAGGGUGGAACCAUUUGUAUCUGGAAUGUCACUUCAUUUUCGCUGGAAAAAACCAUCCGAGAUCACACGAGUCAGAUAACAUUUCUCAAAUUUUCUCAUGACUCACAAACAUUCGUCUCGUUGUAUUUCGAUGGGCGCCUCCGGAUCUGGAAUACUAUUACUUGGUCUGUCAUAUCAACAAUCGAUGGCCAUUCUUCACGGAGGUUUGAUCCAAUGCUUCGGGUGAUAUCUGUUACGAACGACUGCAAGCUACUUGCAUUUGUAUCGGGAACAAUUCAAAUCUGGGACAUGGCCAGAUCUCUCAUGGAGCACCAAGUUGAUGAGCCGAGGGGUGAAGUACCAUGUCCACCUAUAUUUUCAGAGGACUUGAAGCGUUCGUCAUUGGUAUGGAUAUAUGGAGGUCAACUCACAUUCGUCCGGAAUACUUCUACUGGGACGAUCGAAAAGAUUAUCGAGUUGGAAGACUGUGAAAGUCGGAUUGUUGGGUGGUCUCAUGACUUGAGUAUGUUUGCCUGGAUAUCAGAAUGUGAUACUGUCAAAUUAGGGGAGCUUUCUUCAGAGGAAGCCAAGCAAGUCCUCACACACCAAGAAGGGAUAAUUAAAGGAGUUACUUUCUCUUUUGAUUGCAAAUAUGUGGCGUUUACCAGCGACAAAAGACCUACUAUUACCAUCUGGAGUGUAGGGACAGGCCAACUGCUUCUCUCAAUUGCCAAUGAGCACCAAGAGCCAAGAUUCGUGACAUUUUCGCAUGACUCGGGGUAUCUUGCAGCAACUUAUCCGUCCGAGGUCAAAAUUUGGGACAUAGGAAAUCCGCCUGGAAUCGCACCAGUCAAGGAGACUCUGUCAAGACCCCAGGAGUUGGCUGGCGCUCUCACAUUUUCUCACGACUCGAGGCUUCUGGCUGUGGCACAUGGCCAUGCAGAUCGUCCUUUGGAUUUCUGCAUUCGGAUUUUGGACACAUCCACCAUGAUUGUCAGGGAGACAAUCAUGACUGAUAUAGUCGCUGAGAGUCUGUCUUUCAACUCCGAUGCCUCGUUUAUAAAGACUGGUCGUUACUGCCUUGCUGUCCGCAGCAAUGACCCUGAUUGUGCUCAUGCCGGGGGGACCUUGUGA